AUGAAGACACAAUACUGGCACUCUGAGACCGUUUCAAGCAACCCCAGCAACCCCAGCUAUCACAGUCACUAUGAAGCCGCUCUUGGGAUGCUAGAGAACAACACGGUGAUCACGUCCAUUCUCUCUGCGCUUUGUUUUGUCCUCAUCUUACUCAACUACUUCGGUCUUCCCCCGAUAUCACUAUUACAACUUUCCUGGGACCUCCUUGUGUACAUUACACCAUCUCGAAUCGUCGUCGCAUUUGAUCCUCACAUGUCCAACACCGAAGCUAUCGCUCGUGACUCGUCUCUUCCCCUUCAACAAAAAAGCGACGCAAUGGUGCGAAUUCUCGGCGGCAUCUCUGCCAGCAGCCCGGUCCCAUUCUUUACUCAGCCUCGAUCGCUUUCUGCCUUCGGGAACGCCUUGCUAGGAUCAACAAAUGACGCUGCGCCAGCGGGCUUGGGGAACUGGAAUAAUUCAUGUUUUCAAAACAGUAUCAUUCAAGGCCUGGCUUCUCUGAAGUCACUCGUGGAUUUCUUGGGACGAAACAUCGAUAAUACCUCGCCAAAGAUCUCUCUUGAGACGCACCAGGCCCUGUUAGAUCUCAUCGAAAACCUGAACAGCGCUUCGAACCAUGGAAGAAAGUUGUGGAUUGAGGGUCCUUUGAAGUCGAUGAGCAGUUGGCAACAGCAAGAUGCGCAGGAAUACUUCCACAAGGUUGUUCAUCAAAUCGACAUGGAGGCUGAGCUAGCUUCACGUGGGGAGAUUACCAAUGUCGGUUUGAAGCUGGCGGGUCCCGAGGAAAAUAUCGUGCAAGGUAGUCGUUUUGAUGGACCUCGUGCCGAGAAAACCGACCCGGCAUCAUUGGCUCUUGAUGUGUCGUACAACCCUCUUGAGGGCCUGCUCGCUCAGCGAGUCGGGUGCAUGGAUUGUGGCUACUCCGAAGGUCUUUCAUUGAUCCCUUUUAACUGCCUGACGGUUCCCCUGGGCGGUAGUCAUCAGUACGACAUCCGCGAUUGUUUGAAUCAUUACAUGACGCUUGAGCCCAUCGAAGGCGUAGAGUGCGCUAAGUGUACUCUGUUGCAAAGACGAGAGCAGCUUAUCAAUUUGAUUGGUGAAAUGAAUAAUGACAGCCAGUCAGACGACCCUCACACACCAAAUCCCUUCGAUGCUGUGAAAUUGACGGCCUCUGAGAGACUAGGGGAUGUCACUACGGCAUUGGAGAGCAAUGACUACAGCGAAAACACAUUGUCUCAGAAAUGUCACAUUUCUUCCAAAAACCGAGUAUCAACCACAAAGUCCCGGCAGGCGGUAAUCGCACGAGCUCCAAAGUGUCUUACGAUUCACAUUAACCGCAGUCUCUUCGACGAGAUGACCGGUGAUCUGGUCAAGAACCAUACGGCAGUCGUGUUUCCUCAAAUGAUCGAUCUGAACCCUUGGUGUCUUGGGACCCAAAACGCGGGCAAAUCCGGUGACAAGCUUGAGCAAUGGGAGACAAAUCCUUGCAGGUCUAUGCUUCCGCGGCCUGAUGAAGUCGUCGAGAUUCCCAGCAGGCUGUACCAACUCCGAGCUGUCAUCACCCACUACGGUCGUCAUGAAAACGGCCACUACGUCUGUUAUCGGAAGUACCCAACAUCAGAGUUCACAGCCCCUCCCCCGGACGAAAUCCUUCAGGUUGAGGGUGACAAAGAUAAACCCGAGCGCUGGUGGCGACUCAGUGACGAUGACGUUCAAAUGGUCAGCGAGAGCUUUGUGAUGUCUCAAAAGGGCGCUUUCAUGUUAUUUUACGAGGCCAUCGACGAGUCGGUCUCUUCUUCAUCCGAAUCUCCUGCUUCUUCCGCGUACACCGAUUCAUUUGAGACUGCCUACCUCGCAAGUGCAGAUUCGACUGCCACAAGUUUCGUGUCCGACGACUUUUCCGCGCCGUCCACUGUGACUGACCUCGAGUCUUCAACUUCCCGUGCGACCAGCGUCUCGAUGCCUUGGGAUGAGGCUCAACCCAACCUUUCGCACACAAAGCAGGCCAAUCACUGCGACGUCGAUAUCAACCCAAAUGAUGAAGUCGAAUCGCCCCCUGCUGCGGUCGCAUGA